AUGUCCUCAUCGUCUCAAAAAAGCCGCAAACGUCGCACAACGGGCGCCCCUGUGCUGGUUCGGCACCACAUCAUGCCAGUGGAGGAGCUCAUUGGCGCUCCACCAGACGCGCCCUUGACCACCUCGCUACAUCGUGUCACCACCGACGAUCGACGUUUCAAUACCGAGACUAUUGUCAUCGAGCCUCCUUCACCAGUCAAACGAGCGCGCCUUGAACAUCUGCACCGUCAACAGGCAACUGUCAAUCUCAUGCCCACCAAGGACCCAGAGAGAUACGAGAUGGGUUUGGAAGCCGAGGAAGACAAAAACGAGAUGGAGACCAACCCCAAUCGACAUAGCCAGCCUGCUGACCCCGCAAUGGACCUAUGGAUGCGACAAUUUCGGGACCCAUUUCUCCAUUCUCUUCUAUGGCGCGACGGAAGAGGCAAGGAAGGAGAGAUAUGCGCGGCGUGUGGGGACAGCACCCGCGCCGCUAUAUAUCGCUGUUCUUCUUGUUUCGGUGGUGCUAUGUGGUGUCAAGGCUGUUGCGUAGCCGCUCAUCGUGCUAACCCCCUACACUUUAUCGAGAAAUGGACCGGCGUAUACUUUACGAGGACAACUCUUGGUUCCAUUGGCCUACGAGUCCAACUCGCCCAUCCACCCCAUGAAAUCUGCGAGCGCCCAAUCCCAGGACGAAGCGACUUCGUCGUCUUAGCGGCUAAUGGGAUACACGAAGUUACCAUAGACUUCUGUGGCUGCAUGGGUCACGAUGCCCAUCACGUUCAACUGUUGAAGGCCGGCUGGUACCCAGCGACGAUGGAGUUUCCGCGAACUGCUGCUACCUUUUCCUGCUUGGACAAAUUUCAUUAUCUUUCCUUGCAUGGGAAAACAACGAUAUACGACUUCUACUCUGCACUCAAGUCUUGGACCGACGGGACCGGUAUCAAGCCCCCUGAUCGAUACUCGGUUUUCAUGCGAAUCUCCCGCCAAUACCGUCAUCUUCUGUUGCUCAAACGAAAGGGCCGUGGUCACGACCGCUUCGGUGUCUUGGGGACUGCACCAGGAGAACUUGCCACUCGUUGUCCGGCCUGUCCACGGCCUGGAGUUAACUUGCCCGACGGAUGGGAGAAUGCGCCUCCCGAAGAUCGGUGUCUCUAUAUCAUGUUCGGCGACCAGCGUCGCAUCCGGGGACUGGUCGAGGUCGGCAAGAAACGCUCCUCAACUGGAGUUAGCCUUCGUCGACAAAGGCGCAAGCUAAAUCGUACCAUCAAGCAUUUGCGGUCUCUCCAAGGGACAUAUAUGCCUGCUGCUCUCCGGCGUCUGGAAGCUCUUCACUUGCCUCAAGAUACCCUAGCAGAGCGCGUGCCCCUCAUUCCCCCAUCCGCCCUUACUCCCGUCGAGCGCAAUAAUGGUGGCUGUCGAGACGGACUGGUCGCCAUCGAGCGGGCUUUGCGAGAUGCUCAGUGUCGCUCGUCGUUAACGAGCCUGCAACUUCAACUACAUGUUAAAUCACGACUUUUGACUUACAAGAAGAACAACUCGCGCCGCGCAAGCGAUGAAUACGCGCUCACGAUCCUUGCGCUUGAUGAAGACGACAACUUGAUCUCGUGGCGGAAGCUCGAGAAGAAGGAUAUCAGAUGUAUGGAGGAUGCCGAGGAGGUGUCGCGAGCAGAGCGGAAACGCGAAAGGGCAGAACGGAAUGAACGCUCCCAAGACUUGGCUCUAGCGCGAGCUGGGCUUGUUGCUCUGCCAAGGGCUCCUGUACCUAUGGAGACUAGCGAUGCGGAAGAAGACGAAACAGAGGCUCAACUACCUGCCACACGGUCAGAUCGACAACAUGCGGCUCGGGAAGCCAAUGCUCUGUUCAAACACGGAGAAAGUCGGCGUCAGGUAUCAUGGAUCUGGAGCAAUGUCCACAAUUCUACCGAAGGAGUUGAAGAAGCUCUGCGCAUCGAAUGGGCCAAGUCCUAUGCGCGAACUCGUCGUUGGAAGGAAGAAGUCAGGAUAUUGGCUGCAGAAUGGGAAAGGCUGCCGCUCUCCUUUGGCGCUGAGGAACAGGCUUGGCUUACUCGCGGGAAGAAGGUCGACAUAAGUGGACUGGGAGGGGAGGUCGCGGAGGGCAUGAUUGCGUAUGCGACGAAACAAGCAGAUAUGUUCCGGAAUCUCGCGUCCCGGGGCGGAGACUGUCCGAACAAGUCCGAAGUUGGCACGAGGAAAGCGGGGCGCAAGAGUGGUUAA